AGCUCUUUUCUCAUGGGGAAGCAGAAGAGGAAGUGAAAGUAUUAGAAGACUCGAGUGACAAUAAAACUCAGGAAUCUCCAAAAAUUCAUGUAAUGGGGAUUAUCUUGGUCAGAGGUUACUGGAAACAACCAGACGCAGACUUCAAGGUCAGCUUGCAGCAGGCGCCUCUUUGAGAUUUAUGGAGAUGAAUCUGCCUGUUAUGUAUCCAGGAAGGCCGGGAUGGAGGCAGAGCUCAGGCAGUGGCACUGAGGGUUUGCCUGAGUCCAUUAUUGCAGCAGCGUGUGCCAGAAGUGGCCAGAGAGUUCUUCAUGUGGAUUCGAGAAAUUACUAUGGUGGAAACUGGGCCAGCUUUAGUUUUUCAGGAUUAUUGUCCUGGAUUAAAGAAAAUCAGCAAAAGACAGAUCUCAGUGAUGAAUGUGAGGACUGGAGAAAACUGAUCCUUGAGGAUGAAGAAGCAAUUCCUCUUAGCAGCAAGGAUAAAACUAUUCAACAUGUAGAAGAUUUCUGUUUUGGAGAUCAGGAUUCAGCUGAAGGUGUUGAAGAAGCUGGUGCACUGCCAAAGCUGCCUGUGUUUGGAGCCCCUGCUGCCCAGGGGGAGUCUCCAGGGCCGGAGAAGGAGAGUCCAGCAGUGGAGGGGAUUCCUCUGGCAUCACAGGAGAGUCCAGCAGCAGAGGGGGCUUCCCCAGGGUCAGAGAAAGAGAAUCCAGCAGUGGAGAGCCCUGGAGAGGAGCCACAGAGCCCAGAGGCAGAGCAGGCCCUGGGCUCUGAUGCAGCCAGGGCAGCUGCAGGGGAUGGGGCAGGAGCAGCCCCUGGCAGUGGAGCUGCUCCCAGCACGGCCGCAGGCGACUCCGCUCCGCAACUGGCAAAGACAGAAGCUGCACCCUCGGAAAAUGCUGCCCAAGAACCAAAGAAAAUCACCUAUUCCCAAAUUGUUAGAGAAGGCAGAAGGUUUAAUAUUGAUUUAGUUUCUAAGUUGCUUUACUCCCGGGGCCUGUUAAUUGACCUCCUCAUUAAGUCCAACGUGAGCAGAUACGCUGAGUUCAAAAACGCCACGCGGGUUCUCGCCUUCCGAGAGGGGAGAGUAGAGCAGGUGCCUUGUUCUAGAGCAGAUGUCUUCAACAGCAGACAGCUGACCAUGGUGGAGAAGAGAAUGCUUAUGAAAUUUCUGACAUUUUGUUUGGACUAUGAACAGCACCCCGAGGAGUACCAAGCCUACGAGAGCAGCACGUUUGCUCAGUUCCUCCAGACACGGAAGCUGACCCCCAGCUUGCAGCACUUCAUCCUUCACUCCAUUGCAAUGGUGUCAGAGACUGAGAGCAGCACUCUGCAAGGGCUUCAGGCAACAAAAAAAUUCCUGCAGUGCCUUGGCCGCUAUGGCAACACCCCGUUUUUGUUCCCUCUGUAUGGGCAAGGAGAGAUCCCACAGUGCUUCUGCAGGCUGUGUGCUGUGUUUGGGGGGAUCUACUGCCUCCGUCACGCCGUGCGCUGCCUGGUGCUGGACAGAGCCUCGGGACGGUGCAAAGCUCUUGUGGAUCACUUUGGACAAAGAAUAAGUGCCAACUAUUUUAUUGUGGAAGACAGUUACCUCUCAGAGAGCACAUGCACAAAUGUGUGUUACAGGCAGAUCUCCAGGGCAGUGCUCAUUACAGAUCAGUCUGUACUGAACACAGACUCAGAGCAGCAGGUGUCCGUUCUGACAGUGCCUCCCCUGGAGCCGGGCACGGCGGCCGUUCGUGUCAUCGAGCUCUGCUCCUCCACCAUGACCUGCAUGAAGGACACCUAUUUAGUCCAUCUAACCUGUCCAUCAGCUAAAACUGCAAGGGAAGAUUUAGAGCCUGUUGUACAGAAGUUAUUCAAUCUAAAUACAGAGACUGAAAAUGAAGAACUGGAGAAACCCAGAGUCCUCUGGGCAGUCUACUUCAACAUGAGAGAUUCUUCAGGAGUUGAGAAGAGUUCCUAUUCUGGCUUGCCCACCAAUGUUUAUGUCUGCUCUGGGCCAGACUCUGCUUUAGGAAAUGACUGUGCUGUCAAACAGGCUGAGACUAUUUUCCGAGAAAUGUUUCCAGCAGAGGAGUUUUGCCCCCCACCACCGAAUCCAGAGGAUAUUAUUUAUGAUGAAGAUGAGAUUGAGCCAGAAGAGUCUGGAUUGAAUAAUUCACCAGAGACAAAGCCUGAAACCUCAGCUGAGGAGAACAGUAGUGAAGGUGGUGCUGCUGUUACAAAGGAAGAAUGAAUGAAUGAAUGAAUGAAUGAAUGAAUGAAUGAAUGAAUGAAUGAAUGAAUGAAUGAAUGAAUGAAUGAAUGAAUGAAUGAAUGAAUGAAUGAAUGAAUGAACAGUGUUCUCUUAGGAGAAGAGAAGGUUGACCCAAACUAGGACAUAAGGGAGGAGGGGUAAGAAAAAGAGGUCUUAAACCCCCAGAGAUAUGUUAUUUGCCAUUGCCUUACUUUCCUUAGCUUGGAUCAUUUUUCAUUGAUAGCUGAAACACUUCUAAACAGUCACAAGUCCACCAGAUCCACUGGGGUUUGUAGCUAAACAAAAAAAUACAGAAUGAAGCAUCUGAAUUCAAAGUGCUAAAAUAGGAUUCAUGAUUUAUUGAGAUGAUUUGGUUUUGUUUUACAUCUUGGAAGAAUCCUCCAUCUUUUCAAGAGGAAGUCAAAACUAAGCAAAAGAAACAAGUGCAAGUUUGUUUACCAGUUAGAAAAUGAUUUCUACUAAAAAUCCUUGGAUCUCUGCUAAUUUAACAGCUGAAGGUGAGGCUCACCAUCUGUCUUUCAUAGUGGCCUUAUGAAGGGAAUUUAAAGGCAAUAAUAUUGACAGUUCUGCUGUGGCUUUAUUGUAUGGUUUUGAAACUGAUGCCAUAAUCAAUCCAGAAGAUGUUCCUCACAUGGAACUAUUUUACAUUCAGAUUUUUUAGUAAGACCUAACAGAUGACACAUUUUCUCUAGUGACUUCAUUUACUGGAGUCAGGAAAACGGCAGAAUUUAAACUUAAUGCCAGAUUUCCCAGCAAAAUUCACUCAUAAAUGGAGCAUUCCUGUUACAAGCCUCCCUGGAUUUGUUGCACUGUUUGGGCCUUUAGUAAGCCAAUAGUUUCUUUUUGAAGUUUAGGGUCUGAGAAGUUAAAAUGACCAUCAGCUGAGGGGGUUUGUGGUGGAGAGAAGCUUCAACUGAUAAUUCCAAAGGUUUGUAUUGAUCCCAGUUAAUAGAUUAAAAUUAGUGUGGUAGCUGUAAACUAUGCAUUUUGUAAUGAUAAACCAUGAAGCAUUUAUACAAUAAAAUUUAUUGAACUAUUUAUAAACCUAGUUUGUAUGAAAAAAACUACAAAAUGAGAAAGCUGCUGUAAAUGACCAUGUUAAACUUGCACUUCUGCAUCAUGCUUGAAAUCAGAUAGGAAAAUUAUUUCUCAUUACUUCAAGAUUUACUUUAAAAUGCACACCCAGUAGAUCAGUAGUGUCUCUAGAGUUGAUGAGUUGGGGUUUAAACUUCUUCAUGAGGGUAGAGCCAGUUCCAGGAGUGCUUAAAUACUGUAAGUAAAUAAAAAAUGCCAUUGAGUCCUGAACAUUGAGCUCUGCCUGGCCGUGCCACAGCCAGGCUUCUGUACAGUCCCGUGGUGCCUGUGCCUGCCCUGAGCCUGGCUCCAGGCCAGAAAGGGGAAUUUAUUUAUUUUUUUACAGCAUAACUGAUACUGUUCUCUUUGUCCUGCAUCGUGCCCACUGUCCAGUCUGCAUUUCAGGGUUAGUGUUUGCACCCUGUGUUGGAUAGGUACUGGUGUGUGUGUGUGUCUGUGUGUGCCUCAUCCAGAGAAACACGUGGCUGGAAUGUUCCCAGUGUUCAGCAGCUGUAACCUCUGGAUGCUUGUGAUUGAGCAGUUAUUUAUAUAUAUAAAUAUAUCUAUUAAUAAGCAGGCUGCCUCUUCUUUUAGCUGUAACUUCUCUGUGUAUUGGGAAGCAUGAGUGUAUGAUUUUAUUUAACAUCUGCAGAUCUGUAAAAGAGCUAAGUGGAGGGACCUGUCCCUGUCUGUCUCUCAAAAACAGGGAUCACAGUUGAAUCUCUCAUCUGUGCUUACAAGAAAGUCUCUUGAUGAAAAUUAAAGGUUUGCUUGCAAGUGCA